UCCGGAUAUACUUCCGGGGUGGACAAGGAAGGAGAGGCAAUAGUGAAUAGACAGUCAAUAGUCAGUAUAGAAUAGUCUGAAUAGAUCUUAUUUUGGCGAAGAAUUUUGUUGCAUAAAUCAUAAUGGCUAAAAACACAAGCUCCAGUAAAUUUAGAAAAGUAGAUGUAGAUCAGUUUGACGAAGACAGAUAUAAGGAUGAUGAAGAAGCUGAUAUAUCAAGUGUUGAUCAAGGACCCAGUGAGUCUGAAGUGAACAACCUUCUAGCCAGAGAUAAAUUUCAAGAGGCUCUUUUACAUGUGUUACAGAAUGCUCCAAGUAAUUCCAAAAAUCAGGCCGUAAAGGACAGGGCAGCAGCUUUAGCAGUGAGAGUUCUGACAAAUUAUAAGGGCGACAUGGACCAGUGCAUCAAAUCCCUAGACAAUAAGGCUGUAGACACUCUCAUGAAAUAUAUCUACCGUGGCUUUGAGACUCCAACAGAGAACAGCAGUGCUAUUCUUCUCACAUGGCAUCAAAAGACAUUUGCCGCUGGAGGAUUGGGCAGCAUUAUGAGGGUGAUGACGGACAGGAAAAGGGUUUAACGCAGCGUAUACAAAUUCUGGUUGGUUAUCUUGAGGCUCCUUAUCACUGAAGCUGCGUAGUGGCUGAUAAAUUGUAAAUUGUUUUAUCCCUUGUUCAAGGGCUCUCCAAGUUUCUGCCCCAGGUGAUGUUUUGUUAAGACUUGAAUUGAAUGUUUUAUGGAUGAAAUACUUUGCUUGUAAGCGGAUGAGAAGAGUGAGGCUUUUGGUGUGGGUGUGCCAUUGUUUGAAUGUGAUGAAAUACAAUAAAUUUACUGUUUACAAAGCCAAUGUUUGGGUUUAGACUUGAUAGAGUAAUCACAAAUGGUAAACACUAAACUUAGACUCUAUAGAAUUUAUUCCUUAUAACAAUAAUAAUUAUUAUUAAUAUAUUAUUUCAAUAUGCUACUACUGUUAUGUUUUGUUCUGAUUUUAUCUUGAAUAGUGGCAUUUCAUUUAACUUUAAGUAUUUUUGUGUUGUUGUUGUUUUUUUUGCAUAGACAGGGGAGAUAAUUUAUCUUUUUGUUUUUUUUUGUAUCUCCUUAAAGUAUUUAAGACGAACUUAUCAAAUAUCUACAUCUAAUACAUUAUUGUGAUCCAUAAUAAACUGUUAUUUAUUUAAAAGACCUGAUGACUAUAUUUGUGUAUUGACAGUUUCAACUCAUGGGCUACUUGUGGAAAGGAUUAGGAUGGGUGUAAACCAAAAAGUUUCUGAUCUGGAGACCUAAGUUAUGAUAUAAUGUAUUUAACCUUUCCAUAGACAAUACAUAUAGAAGAAAACAUUCUAUUAACUGUAUAGAUAUUCUUUAAGAGUCUGUUUUGUUAGUGCUUUUAAGUCUUCCGUACUAAAAAAGUGCCAUAGAUUUAGUUUUGUGACUAGGGCAAGAGUUAUUUAUAGUGUUUAAUCUAUUUUGAUUGGGGGGGGGGUAUACUAUUUCCUUUUUAUGAUUCUGCAAUUAAUUUAAGUAAACAAUACUUCUAGUUUGACUAGUCAGAUGUUAUCGAACAACUUAUCACCCUUUGGUAUGUUCAAUCAUUUUUGUAUUGUUGGUUCGUGUAGCCUUUUCAACUGUUAUGUUCCUAUUAUUUUAAUUUUUUUCACAAAGACUUCAGUCCUCCUGUGCAGUGUUUGGUCUUUGCUUCAUUAAGUUUUCAAACUUUUUGUUUACACUUGAAUGAAUGUAAUAAGAUCAAACUAAAUGUUAGCAGUAAGAAAGCUUGAUAUCUCUUCAAAUCCUUUUAGUAAUCUUAGUGGGAAUAAUUCCAAAAUAUUCAUUUCUCCAUCAAUAUCAUGUUAUAAAACUUAUUAUUUUAUUUUUUUACACUUGAAUGAAUGUAAUGAGAUCUAAUUAAAUGUCAACAGUAAGAGAGCUUGACAUCUCUUCAAAUCCUUUUAGUAAUCUUAGUGGGAAUAAUUCCAAAAUAUUCAUUUCGCCAUCAAUAUCAUGUUAUAAAAUUUUCUUUUUUUUUUUAGAAUGUAGACACAAAUGUUAAUUCCUUUUUUCUUUCCCUUUGCAAAAAAUAAUGGUAAUAGUUUAGAUACCCAGAUACCUUUACUGACCACCAUAUUAUUUUUCAAGCAUAUUUAUCUCCCUUAUCUAUAUUAAACUGUUUUUUUUUUAAUUUUUGUUCUUAUGCUGUCAACUUAUGAAUUUUUAAGUGUAUUUACUGAAAUGAAGGUCUAAAAAAAAUGUUAAUAAUAAAUUGAUGAAGUUGUUUCUUCUUUUUUUCAAUAACUUUUUCUAAAAGAGUAUUUUGUUCUUAUGCUAUCAUUUUAAAUGAAUUUUAAUAUUAGCUCUAAUAGCUGCUAGAAAGAAAGACAAAACAGCAACAGAAAAAUGUUGGCAAGUAAUUCAAGGGAGAUAGUCUAGUAUUAAGCCUUAAAACCAAAAUGGCGUAUUUCCAAUGACAAUAUAUGGUAAUAAGUAAUAAAACUUAAAAAUAUAUAUUUUAAAAACUAUUUAUCUCCGAGGAAAUCAAAUUACAUAUUUGUAAUCUGCAAUUUUUUUUCUGCAUAUUCUUAAAAUAUAAGAGAAACCUGAUUUAGCGUUUCUAGUCACGUAAACCAAUACCGAAAUAAUUACUAUGAUUCUGAGAAAUGAUUGCAGGACAUAGUUUAAUCUGAUGUUACACCAGGGAGCGGUGGAAUUGUUCGAAACUGUUUGGACUUCAUUUUAUACAAUGUCAGAAGUAAGAAUUUUAAUUUAUUCUGGUUUUAGCUGGUUCUGUUUUUCAUUUCAAUUUUGUGUUUAAAAUUAUACCUAUGACCUAUCCUUAUUUGAUACUACACUAGUUUUGAUGUUUAAAUUUGGUUUCGCCAGCAUAAGUCGGAGUGGGCAUUUGGUUAAAGAGGAACAUUCAAAACUUCCAAAGCUAAGUGUCUUCUCUUGUCAAGUUUCCUAACAUUUAAUCUACAUACAUUAUGAUUUGUGUUUGUAGAAGUGUUUUCCAUUUAUUUGUUAUGAAAAAUUUUAUGCUAAAUUAUUGACACCAUUUUUACAUCUUCAAACUAAAUGUGUAUAACUUGGUCUUUAAGGAAUGAUUUUGUGCAUAUGCAUGUUUGACUGAUUAGGAUUUAUGAUGCCAAGUUUGAGAGAUGACCAACCACUUAUAUUUUAUUGAAACAAUCUGUCUGUCUGUAGCUAUGACCAAUGUGUCCUUUAUUAUAUUCAUAAAUUAUUAAAUAUAUUAUAUUAUUGUUCUAUUAA